AUGGAGUCGUUAUCUCCGAGAUCUACCGUGCAGCAAUUGGCCACAGUGUUGCAGCUUUCAAUUCCGGCGUUUGCAAAAACGCUCGGAGAGUUGAGUUUGCUUUCCUUUGGCCUUGGUACUGUGAACCUGGAAGGUCUCGAUGCUUUCAUGGUGGCCAAAGGCUGGUCACCAGAUGCCGAUGAACUUCCUGUGCUCAGGCUGCUGCGGGUGCAGGCACACAAGAUUUGCACUCUACCGUCAGUGGCCUCAGAUUCGUCGGCGAGUACUUUGCACUCCACAUGGGCAGAGACUUUUCCUCCCAAACUUUCAGCCGAAACAACUUUACAGUUGAAGCGAGAUUUCGAGAAAGCGUACCUCUCAGAGGUGCUCGAUGACACAAACUUUCCAAGCGCACGUUUGCUUUCCCUUGCUUACAGGCUGAAAGGUACGUCGGAUUGGAAGUUCAUCUCAUGGAAACACAGACUUUCGAAGCAACAAGAGGAGGAUUACAAUUCGGCUCGGCCCAGGAAGUUGGCACGAUUUGAGAACUUUACCGACGUACUUUACGACGACGUGCCAUCUCGUAACGUUGCGGAGAACAUGGGGCUUUACGGGAUAAGCAAUUUGCUUUCCACACAUUCCAACGCCCUUGCACUUGCUGACAUUGCUCAUCUUGCUACGUUACGUUCUUAUGAGCGGAAGUUCCUGAAACAUCUUCAGGCGAGAACAGACCCUACUUUGCGCCCACCGAACGCACAGGAGUGUGAAGCCGCGGAUCGUCGAUGCUGGGAGGUCGUCGGUCAGCUCAGACAGGAGGGCUGGUCGGUGGAUGAUGCUUUGCACGAGUUCACUGAUGUUCGUGCGGAAUUGGUUGCUUUACUUGCGCCUCGGCUUGCUCCUUUCAAGGGUAAGAAAGGUGAUGGUAAGGGCAAGGAGCUUUGGAAGGGCCAACCUCACAAAGGUAAUGGAAAAGCCACUGGCAGGAAAGGAGUUGCCGGCGCAGGAAAGGGGAAAUCCACCUUUACCAAAGGCACACACGCCUUUGAGUGGGCAAGCAAGGCGAAGAUCAAUGGAGAGCAAAAGGUACUUUGCAUGGCCUACAGUACCAAAAAUGGCUGCACCUCCCCCAAUUGCAAGUUUGAGCACCUUUGCCCCGUGAUCCUGGAGAAUGGUACGAUCUGCCUGCAGAAGCAUCCUGCUUUUCAACAUGCACAAAAGGCAGGCGGGGAAGGCCUGGUUCCAGUUACUUUGCUUGCAGAUGCUCCAGGAGAUGCUCCGUUUCCACAGCCGCGCGAUCUCCAUUCGGAUCCCGUGGUACAGAGUGCUCCUCAGAACUUUGCAUGCUCGGUCUCGGAACCUGGCUCAGGCUUUUUCCUGGACAUCAACGGGGGGACUCGUCGCCCUCUCUCGGCAGCUUUUCUGGGGGCGGGCUGCGAUACGUUCUCAGUCUCCCCAGAAAUUUUUCCGGAACGUGACCUUUUGCAGGAUGAUUUCUUCUUUGCUUUGCUCAGGGUUUGUCACUCUGGACAAGUGGCUCUUUUACACAUCCUGCUCCUGGCCAGUGACUUUUCCUCGACUCUCUUCGAGCGCAUGAUUCAGAUAGCUCAUGCUUGCUUUGCUGCGGGAUCCCAUGUAUUGCUUUCUCAGCACUCUUCCGCGGCAGUUUGGAGCAAUUCCUCAGUGGUUUUUCUUUUGCAGCAGAUGAGCUCGGAUGCCAUUUUCUGGGACCCGUUUUGGGGUCUUGGCUGCGUCCUUCUCUUCUUUACAGCAUUUGGCGACUUCCUCUUCGGCGACUUCUUCGGGUUCCUUGCACCUUUUCUCAUCCAGAAGCUCGGAACCAGAGAUUUGACGGCGCAGGUAUUUACUCGGUUCCAGAUUGGAGUACACCACCUUCUGGAAUUCAGGAUGUACUUUGCGGCCUUCGAUCCAAGUGAGAUCCAUCAGCUCCGGCAACUCUUUCAGAGCUGGGUUUCAGAACAAGGAUCAUCGCAUGUUGUAGACUGGACUAUCCCGGAGCACCAACCCUAUGCCCUACAUGCGUUGAAAUUCUUUUCGGAGUUUGUCAAAGACAAAGAUGAUACACUUUGCCAGUGCCUCAUCGAUGGGGUUCCCACGGGCUAUGAUGGGGACAUCCCGCUUUCCAAGGUUUUCAUACCACACGCCUCGGCACCAGAUCUUGAUCACCAACUUUCCAUUGCCAAGGAUAACUGGCAGAGUGCGAACAACGACCCAGAUACUCUGAGGGAGCUUGUGCAAGCUGAGGUGCAAAAGGGCUGGCUGUAUGAGAUGCCUUCUUUGCAGGCGGCCUACAAGAUGUCCGGGAUUGCUUUCCUUUGCGCCAUCAUGCAGGCCUAUGUGAAGGGUCUGCUUGGCGUUACUUUACCAGGCCAAGAUGGCAGUGCAGACAAGCUUCUCUUUUAUCGCGUCUGCCCAUUUGGAGCAAAUUUUCCUGCUUUGUGGUUUCAACGGUUAGCUGGUAUGCUUUUACGGCUCAUGCAUUUAUGGAUUUUUGUGCGCCACGCUCUCAUGGGUUAUGUCGACAACUCUCUUUUUGUCCAGGAUCGUGAAUGCAUUCUUUAUUCGGCUUCCCUCCUGCUGUGCUUUACCUCCAUCUUUGGAGUACCUCUGAGCUCGGCCAAGUUGCAACUGGGGAGCUGCAUCACAUGGAUAGGCUGGACGUUUAACUUUACCAGUGGCUCCUUUCACAUUCCUCAGGAGAAGGUCGACAAGCUUUUCAAUUUGAUUCAAGAGGUCACGCGGUACUUGGAUGAUGAUCUUCGCUUUACGGCAGUUCCCCCAGGUACCCAAGAUCUGGAUGCGGGUGGCGAACCCGAAGUCGGACCGCCGGUCUCUGUCACCGGCAUCUCGUACUUUCCUUGCCUUCUGGUUGAGGCCUUUGCGGAUGCAAGAGCAGACGGCGAACUGAUUGGCAUUGGUGGCUUUCUGGCUUUUCCAUCAGGCAAGUCUAUUUGGUUUUCUGAAGCCUGGCAACUUUCCGACCUUUCCGUCCUGGGACUCGAACUUCGACGACCAGCGCAUAAGGAUAUCGCAUGUUACGAGACGCUGGCGCAGAUUGCUUUGGUACAUGCAUACAGAUCGGUCUUCCCUUCGGGUCGGGUGGCUGUUCGACUGCCUUCCUUUUCGGACAAUGCCUCUACAGAGGCCCUGGGAGCAAAACUUUACACCUCCAAAUGGCCCCUGGGCGCGUUUGCCCAGAAACUUUCCCUGAGAUCAGCAGCGUCGGGGAUUGAGCUGGAUAUUUCUCACAUUGCCGGUGAGAAGAAUGAUGACGCAGAUCUUCUAAGCAGGUGGAACCAAAUCGAUGCUUUACCUGACAAAUGGCGGAAGGAAGACCGAGUGGACUGCUCCCUCAAGUUCAUUUGGUUCUUCCGCAAAGAG